UUGUUUACACCCGGAGCAUUCAAUCCUUCCCGAGCGCCGCCUCCCCUGCCCGCCCCACCUGCUCCUCCCUCCUGUUGUAACAUGCCAUUAGCGAGCCUGCGACCACAUUUCCAAGGGCGCUAGAGUUCGCAGCCAGCCACCAUGGGGAAUGGGAUGAACAAGAUCCUGCCGGGCCUGUACAUCGGCAGCUUCAAAGAUGCAAGAGAUGCAGAGCAACUGAGCAGGAACAAAGUGACACAUAUUCUGUCUGUCCACGACAGUGCCAGGCCUAUGUUGGAGGGAGUUAAAUACUUGUGCAUUCCGGCAGCAGAUUCACCAUCUCAAAACCUGACAAGACAUUUCAAGGAAAGUAUUAAAUUCAUUCACGAGUGCCGACUCCGCGGUGAGGGCUGUCUUGUACACUGUCUGGCUGGGGUUUCCAGGAGUGUGACGCUGGUGAUUGCCUAUAUCAUGACCGUCACUGACUUCGGCUGGGAGGACGCCCUGCACACUGUACGUGCCGGCAGAUCCUGUGCCAACCCUAACCUAGGCUUCCAGAGGCAGCUCCAGGAGUUUGAGAAGCAUGAAGUCCACCAGUAUCGGCAGUGGCUGAAGGAAGAAUAUGGAGAGAGCCCUUUGCGGGAUGCAGAAGAAGCCAAAAACAUUUUGGGUAAAUAUAAAGAGCAAGGACGCAUGGAUCCCCAGCCUGGCGCGCGGCGGUGGAGCAACUUUCCAGCCCUGCCCCCUCUGGCCUACAAUAACUAUACAACGGAGACCUAACGCCGGGACCCGGUGCCUGCCUUCCCACAGCUUGUUUCUGGUGCAUUCCGGCGCAGGGCGGUGUGAUGCAGUGGUGCCUGACUGUCCCCUUCGCUGAGAAUAGGAAAGGGAGGUGGCCAGGGCCAGGUGGAGCACUCUGGGGUCCUUCACAGUCCUGCCCUGCCCUGCCCAGGCCCCUCCACUCCACCCCAUCCCACCCACCUCACCUCUGCUUGCUGCCCCUGGGAUGGCUGCCACGCACUGCCGUGUGUACACAUCUGUGUGUGCGUGUGACUAUGUACACGUGUGUGCAUAUAAAUGUGUGCAGUGUAUGUGUGAACUCUUUCAGGAGGUCACAAAACUUGUGCUGCCAGGAUUGGGUGGCCACCAUUCCCUUUGUCCAAGACUCCACACGGAAGGCAUUUGAAUAGAGCAGCCUGUGCCUGGAAGUAGACAGUGAGGAGAACUCAGAGGGGAGCGGGGUCUCUCCCAGAACUUGGGGUGAUAUGUAGUGGGGGCAGCAGGGGUCAGACUCCUCCAGAGUGGGAGUGGUUCCAGGACCUCAGAAAGUGUGUAGCUUGAGGUAUGCUCUGACUGUGACCUGGAUCCAGUGUCAGCACACCAGGCCGCUAGCCCGUAGAUUCCCUGCUACCUCAAGUUUAGGCCCCUUUUCAGCCCAUGGUGCCCUGAGUUCUCCUUGGUGUCUGUCCUCUGGGACUGGUCACAUCUGCUCUCUAGGGUGAGCACCACCCUGUCAAGGUUGGCCUUACCAGAGGGCCCCUCUUCUCUGCUCCCCGCCAGCUUCACUGCCUGCCCUCCUCUCGCUGUCCUCCCUUCACAGGGGCCCCUUUGCAUGCUUCUGCAGGAAUUGGGAAGGAAGAACAUUUCUUAGGCACUGUCACCAUUUGCAUUUAAAAAUGCCUGAGCAUUUAUUAAGCUUCUUGGUAUAUGCUUUGGGUUUGAUAAUUUGAUCUCAGCUACCUCAUUAAAUGUUUUUUGGAAUGAUGUUGUUUGUUAUUCCAGUGAACUCUGCCUCAUAGUUGAAAAUGUUUGGUUGUGAUUAUUUUUGAAGCCAAAGGGAAAGGUGUUGAUACCAUUGAGCUACUUAAAGUUUCCAACAUGGAUUUUAAUGAUGCUUUCUGGUGGGCAAAUUCCACAUUCAGGCUAUGGGAGAGUCUGCAGGCUGCAUUUGGAGCAGCAGGCAUCCUGAGAUGCUGUGCACAGCUCGGUGGUUCAGUCCUUUAUACCAUCUCAAAUUUUUUAAGCACGCAGAGCCACACGAAUGAAAAAAUAUAUUCGACCUCUCCCCAAAAAGAUGUGGCAACCCAGUUUCUUCAAAUUCCACCACAA